UCUCUCUCUCUAUAAAACCUCUCUGAAUCUUUCUUUUUCAUUUACCAAAAGCGCACGAACACUGAAAAAACAGAGAGGAACACAUACUCUUUCAGACAUGGCAUUGGAGAAAUCGUUGGAAAGUCACGAGUUGUUAGUACCCGAACAGAGCUCGGCCAUGACUAAGAGAGGCGCCUAUUCUGCUAUUUCCUACAUGGCUUGCGCAGUUCUCUUGGUACUCUUCAACAAAGCAGCCAUUUCCUCUUACGAUUUCCCAUGUGCCAAUGUCAUCACACUUCUUCAGAUGACGAGCUCGUGUCUACUUCUAUAUGCAUUGAGACAUUGGAAGAUCAUAUCUUUCAAACAUGUUGAAUCAGAGGAAGAGAGUAUCUCUAGUAACCCGGCAACUCUUGUAUCGCUCGAGACAUUGAUUCACACCCUUCCUCUUUCAUUUUCAUAUUUGCUUUACAUGGUGGUAUCUAUGGAAUCCAUGCGUGGUAUUAGUGUUCCGAUGUACACCACCCUUAGACGGACAACCGUUGCUUUUACGAUGGUCAUGGAGUAUAUUUUCGUAGGACAAAAACAUUCUCUUUCCGUCGUUUGCAGUGUGGCGAUAAUUAUACUCGGUGCACUGGUAGCAGGAGCUCGGGACUUGUCAUAUGACUCCUACAGCUAUGCUGUUGUUUUCAUAUCAAACAUCUGUACAGCAGUAUAUCUUGCUUCUGUAGCUCGCGUUGGAAAAUCAAGUGGCCUCAAUAGCUUUGGCCUUAUGUGGUGUAACGGAUUACUCUGUGGGCCAAUCUUGCUAUGCUGGACUUUUAUCAGAGGUGACCUAGAGUUGACAAUGAACUUCCCUUAUUUACUCUUCCCCGGCUUUCAGGUGGUGAUGCUUCUCUCUUGCAUACUGGCUUUCUUGUUGAAUUACAGCGUGUUCUUAAAUACAACUCUAAAUUCAGCACUGACGCAGACUGUCUGUGGUAACUUGAAGGAUCUAUUUACAAUUGGCAUUGGCUGGCUGCUGUUUGGGGGGCUUCCCUUCGAUUCGUUGAAUGUCGCUGGCCAAUCUCUUGGUUUUCUCGGGUCGUGUUUAUAUGCCUAUUGUAAACUUAGAGGGAAGUAAGCAUAAGAAUGACACAGCGAUAACACCCUAUGGGCGUAAGUUACUCUGAGAGAUGGACAUUACCGCCUUCAUCAGCUGAAAAAUUUUGGUUAUAAAAUUAUAAGAACUUGGGAGAAAUUAUGUUUGUUUUAAAGAUUACAUGGUUGAUUAUAUUUCUAAGAUCACUUAUGUAGACUUUCAAUGUGUGACGGGUAUUAGUCAUUUCUUGAGAAUUUUUUCCCUUUAUUGAAGAUAAUUCAGUUUUGUUUGUUUUGGAUAUUUGGAAGAAUUUAGC